CCCUUCCUCCCUCCCUCCCCUUGGCUCCCAUUUUCCCCCCAAGCCAGCCAGGGGGGGGACCUUCAGGGUCGAAGGUUCUGCCCUGCUUUGGCCCCCCCAAACCCACCUCUGUGCCCCCCUGGAGCUCGCCACCCACCCGGACACUGAAGGCAUUUCCCCCGGACCCCCAUCCCAGCCGGAGAAAGAAACCCACCUUGUUGAUGAGCUGUUGGUCCCGAGGCUCAGAAGUUUGCAGAAACACAAUGCCUGCUCCUAUUCUUGGCUCCGGAAAGUGGUAGAUUGCUCAUGUCUAUAAGGAGGAAGGAUGGCACAUGGGAUUCCUUCUCAAGGCAAAGUUACCAUAACAGUGGAUGAAUACAGCUCAAAUCCCACCCAGGCAUUUACUCACUACAACAUUAACCAAAGCAGAUUCCAGCCUCCACAUGUACAUAUGGUCGACCCUAUCCCAUAUGACACUCCAAAACCAGCGGGCCACACGCGGUUUGUCUGCGUCUCAGACACACACUCCAGAACAGAUGGCAUCCAGAUGCCUUAUGGGGACAUCCUUCUCCACACAGGCGAUUUCACCGAGCUGGGACUGCCCUCAGAGGUUAAGAAGUUUAAUGACUGGUUAGGAAGCCUACCGUACGAAUAUAAAAUCGUGAUUGCUGGAAAUCAUGAACUGACAUUCGAUAAGGAAUUCAUGGCAGAUCUUGUUAAACAGGACUACUACCGUUUCCCCUCUGUGUCCAAAUUGAAACCAGAGGACUUUGACAAUGUUCAGUCACUCCUGACAAACAGUAUUUACUUACAAGAUUCGGAGGUUACGGUUAAAGGAUUCCGAAUAUAUGGGGCUCCAUGGACACCGUGGUUUAAUGGAUGGGGCUUUAAUCUACCCAGAGGCCAGUCUUUGUUGGACAAAUGGAACCUUAUCCCUGAGGGGAUUGAUAUUCUAAUGACGCACGGCCCUCCUCUUGGUUUUCGAGACUGGGUUCCAAAGGAGCUUCAAAGAGUUGGCUGUGUGGAACUGUUAAACACAGUGCAAAGGCGAGUCAGACCUAAACUCCAUGUCUUCGGGGGCAUUCAUGAAGGUUACGGCAUCAUGACGGACGGUUACACAACCUACAUCAAUGCCUCAACGUGUACAGUCAGCUUUCAACCAACCAAUCCUCCAAUUAUAUUUGACCUUCCAAAUCCUCAAGGAUCAUGAAGCACUAAUGCACAGUUGCAGUGGGGAAGGUCUAUAAACUGCCAUUUUUUCUAAUGAUAAAUUUACAUUCUCUUCUGUGUUUAUUUCCAAAUUCUGUAGGUUUUUUGUAACUUGCUGGUACAAAAACAAUGAUGGAGGGUGUGCUUUUUUGGAAAUGCGACGUCCAUUUUAAACUGAUCAAGCAUUGUGGAUUUGUCAAAUGACUUCUGUUUUCUCAAUGAACUUGCCAUUGUAAAUUGUUAGUGUUUUCAGAAGGACAGCCAAGCUUUCUUUUACGAUGGGAGAAAUGUUCUUUUAAUAUUAUAUAAGCUGAAAAAGAUAAGCAGUGUUUUUAAAACCACCCAAAUUUGCACAACUACUACUAGUAUUGUUUGAUUUUUUUUGUACUAUUUCUUUUUUUAAGCGGUUGCCGCGAUGUAGGGCAAACUUUUUGAAGGAAGUAAACUUUGAAAGAUUUCCUUGCACCUAAAGAUGAACAUGUUGCGCGCUCUCCAUCCAGAGAACCGUGUAUAUGCAACGAGUGAUAUGGCCCUGAGAGUUGCAGGACUCUGCCUACUUUAAAGAAUGAUUUAGGUAGCGCCAUCCAUUCUGUGGUUACCUAAGAUCUUAUUGUUCUGUUUUUUUAUUUUUAAAUUAUUUUAGCUUUAAAACUAUGGGGAUGAAAGCUGUAAAGAGCAGGUGUUUCAUGCAGUAGAAACGUGUAAGUUCAGGCUCCUUUUAAAUAUGGAUUUAUAUAUAUAAGUAUUUUUUGUGCAUUAUAACUAAGCUAGGAAUUUAAUAUUGCUAGUGUAGCACCUACAGAGUUACGCUGCACAGCACAUCUAAAUUAUGAAGGAUGUGGUACAUUUUCCCAGUGCUCAAGACCUUCAAGAGCUUGAGUUAAAUCUUGUGCAGUUUCAGGCAUGUAUAGAAUCAAAUGGAUACAAUCAAGCCUAACUAAAAUAAGGCUUAGUUGUCCUUUAUAUUUAAAUAUUCUGGAAUUGUCUUUUUAUUUUCUCUUUUUCUUAUUUUGCACUGUGUGUAAAUGCAAUCUUGCUAGCACAAACUAUUGUUGCAGAUAGUUAUUUCUGUUCUACCCCUGUGAAUGCUAUUGAGCUUUAUUCUGUUUUAUGUUACCUUGUUAAUGGAAUUUAGGAAAGCAGCUGUUUCUUUAAAUUUAUUGUGAUAUUAUAUAUCUAGCGGCCUUUAUAUGCAAAUAAAAUUGCAAGAU